AUGAAUCAGACAUUGGCUACAUUAGCAACCACUAUGCUCCAUGAUUCCAAGCUCCCAAAGUCAUUUUGGGUAGAUGUCAUGCAAACAGCUGCAUAUAUCACAGCAUGCAGCCCAGCAUUAGGACUCCAUGGAAAGACCCCAUAUGAAAUACUAUUUAAAAGGAGAGUUGAUCCAACUUUGUUUCGCCUUUUCAGAUGCCAAGUAUAUGCCUUGAUUCCGAAAGACAAAAGGCAAGGGAAGUUUUACUCCAAGGGGCACAAAGCCAUAAUGAUUGGCUACACACAUGGAAAGCAAGCCUACAAACUCCUAGACACUGAAAAACAAACUGUGUUUUCCAGUUGGCAUGUUAUAUUCAAUGAAUCCGGAAAGACCAAAAAACAUUGGAAGAGGAUGAUCCUGACCCUCGGAUCCGAGAUCCAAAUGAAUGAUCCUGACCCUCGGAUCCGAGAUCCAAAUGAAUGGCAAAUGGAACCACAUUUCCAAGGAGAUGUUCCACAAGCAAUAGAACCAUAUCAGCAUGAAGAUAAUCCGAGAGCAGUGGGAGCACCUGAUCAGCUAAGACACCCUCCACAACAGUCUUUACAACCAAAGUAG